CCCUACAGCUUUGCAAACCUGAUCUUCAUGAAUUCAAGCAGCGCUGUUGCAUCCACAGUUUCCUGCAAAUCGGGAAACAAGAACGGUUUUCUUGUCUGGAUUUUGGCUUGUUUGCUUCGAAGUUUUCUUGGAACCCCUGUUGCAUACCUUAACUUCCACCUGUUUAAGGCCAUUGUACGGAGCCCUUCUUCAUCUAAUUGCAUAUUGGAAUCAAUUGGAUGUUUCCAUCCAUAACCUCAAGGCCUUUUUGAAGUUAUCUGAAUCAUUUCAUAACCAGCAUGGUUUCCUCUGAGUUAUCUAGUGUAAAUGAGUCUCGCCUUCACAAAGACUUCCAAAAUCAGUUACUUUUCCCCAUGGGGCAACCUGAAACUCCGAGUUCUGACAAUCUUGAGUUUGAUUUCUCUGAUGUGUUUGGCCCUGCUUCAGUUCAACCCUCAAUGGAAAUCAGCACCCAGAAUCCUAAAACUAUGGUUGUUGCAACUGAAUCCAAUGAAAUGCUUUAUGAUGAUCCAGCUGCCAUCUGUAGCCGCUCACACUCCUUGGUUGGCCCCUCAACAUAUGUUAGCCAGUCAUUGAAGCUUAGCAAGCUUACAUUACGUGAGACGGGGGAUUCCCUGGAACUUGUAGAGAAGCCAUCAAUUGAUGAUGUUAUUCUGGAGAAUCCUGAUGACAAUAUAGAGAGUCGUCCUUUGGGACAGCAACCUAUGGGACUAGAAGAUUUUGAAGUUUUAAAGGUUGUUGGCCAAGGUGCUUUUGGAAAGGUUUACCAAGUAAGGAGGAAUGGUACCUCAGACAUAUAUGCAAUGAAGGUUAUGCGCAAGGAUAAGAUUAUGGAGAAAAAUCAUGCUGAAUACAUGAAAUCUGAGAGGGAUAUAUUAGGAAAAGUGGACCACCCCUUCAUUGUUCCGCUCAAAUACUCAUUCCAAACCAAAUAUAGGCUGUAUCUUGUGCUUGAUUUUGUUAACGGAGGGCAUCUGUUCUUCCAACUUUAUCGCCAAGGCUUGUUCAGGGAAGAUUUGGCUCGCAUAUAUACUGCAGAGAUAGUAUUAGCCGUUUCUCAUCUCCAUGCAAGUGGUAUAAUGCACAGGGAUCUCAAGCCUGAAAAUAUUCUUCUAGAUGCUUCUGGACAUGUAAUGCUGACAGAUUUUGGCCUAGCAAAGGAAUUUGACGAAGCCACAAGAUCCAAUUCCAUGUGUGGAACUUUAGAAUAUAUGUCACCUGAAAUUGUUACUGGCAAAGGCCAUGACAAGGCUGCUGAUUGGUGGAGUGUUGGAAUUCUAUUGUAUGAAAUGCUUACUGGGAAGCCACCCUUUACUGGCGGAAACAGACAGAAGGUCCAGGAGAAAAUAAUAAAGGAAAAGAUCAAGCUGCCAAAUUUUUUGUCAAGUGAAGCACACUCAAUCCUCAAGGGGCUUUUGCAGAAAGAAGCAAGUAAGCGUCUUGGUAGUGAGGAGAUCAAACGCCAUAAGUGGUUCAAGUCCAUUAACUGGAAGAAAUUAGAGGGUCGGGAGAUAAGGCCUAGUUUUCUUCCUCAAGUUGCAGGGAACCACUGUGUAGCUAAUUUUGAGGAGUGCUGGACUAGCAUGCCGGUUACUGAUUCUCCAGUUGCUAGUCCUACAUUCGGUGAGAAUCCCUUUAAAGGCUACACAUAUGUUAGGCCUGCCGCCUCCUUUCUUCUGAGAAAUGCUUGAUAUUUCCCAAGCGACGACACAAUGAAAGAUGGCUAUGCUAACAGCCUUUUCAACUUGGAUUAGUUUGCGGAACUAUGC